AUGGUGAUUCAGAAGUGUGCACAACAUCAUAAGAUGGUUAGAGAGUCAAAAAUGGACAAAGCAAAGAAGAAAAACAAAAAAUUAUGCCUUAAUCUUGAAACUAGAUUAUCUAACAGGCUCAAUUCCAGAUUUUUCUAUUUUUUUACAACACUUUUGAAUGAUAUUAGCAAUGACGAGACAAUGUUUUUAUUUUGCAUUUUUGUUUUUGUUAUUGAUGCUAUGAUGGUAGAAAUUUUUUAUGCAUUUUAUAUUAAAGCAAAAUACAAAACUAUAAUCAUAGUACAUGGUAUACAUACGCGAGUUGCAAUUUGCGGAAUACUUUACCUCUCCCAUUUAGUAUCCAGCAAAGCAAUAAUCGAUCAACAAGCUGAAGAAUCUCAAGCCAACAGUAAUUCUAUAGCACAACAACGAAUUGGUCAUUAUCAUGAAGAACAUGAUCCUGGCUAUUGGAAAAAGAAACUAAUUUGGAAGGAAGGAUGGAAAAAAAUCUGGAAACCAGCUAAAAAACAAAUCUGGAAACCAUCAUGGAAACAAAUUUGGAAACCAAUAUGGGUCCCACAUAAAGUUCCAGUAUGGAAAGAUAUUCAAGUACCAGCUUGGAAGCAAAUUUGGAAACCAGUCUGGAAAGAAAUACAAGUGCCAGCGUGGAAAGAAAUCCAAGUACCUGAUUGGAAAAAAAUUUAUAAACCGAUUUGGGUACCAAUAAAAGUGCCAGCAUGGAAAGAAAUUCAAAUACCAGAAUGGAAAAAGAUAUAUGUUCCAGUUUGGAAAGAAAUACAAGUUCCUGCUUGGCAGGAUAUACAAGUGCCUGCAUGGAAACAAAUCUGGGUACCGGAAGUUAUUAAAGUUGGUAUACCAGGCGAGAAAUAUUUGGGCAAAGAUCACGAAGGCUGGGAAUACACAAGCCAUGAUCUAUGGAAGAAAAAAGUUGUUUGGAAAUCUCAUUGGAAAAAAAUAUGGAAACCGAGUAAAAAAGAAAUAUGGGUACCAAGUAAAAAAUUGGAAUGGAAAGAAGAAUGGAAACAAUACUGGAAACCAGGUAAAAAACAAAUUUGGGUCGACGAUAAGAAACUAGCCUGGAAAGAAGCAUGGAAACAAAUUUGGAAACCGGGAAAGAAACUUGUUUGGGUACCAGACAAAAAAUUAGAAUGGAAAGAAGCAUGGAAGCAAAUUUGGAAACCAAGUAAAAAAUUAGAAUGGGUUGAAGAUAAAAAAUUGGAAUGGAAAGAAGCAUGGAAACAGAUUUGGGUACCAGACUGGAAAGAAAUAUGGGUUCCAGCAUGGAAGAAAAUAUGGCGACCAGUUAUAAUAUCAGAAUGGUUCCCAUCACCAGAUCAUCAUCAUCAUCAUCAUGAUCAUCAUGACCAUCAUGAUGUACAUCAUGUGGCAGAACAUCAUUCAUUAGAACAUUUAUGGGAUCGAAAGGAUACAGCGACAUCAAAUAAAGUUGUAUUUAAGCGAAAUGAUGAAUCAACUAGCUUGAAAAGUUCAGCUUCAGUAAGUUCAGGUGGUAAAACACAAACAUCUGGCACACGGAAUAUAUUCAAAUUCCCUGCAGUUAGUUCAAUCAAUUCAAGUAGUAAUAUUUUACAAAAUUCUAAAAGUCUGACACCUCCUGCUGCUUCUACUUUUAGGAAUAUUUAG